AUGGUGGAAGAGGGGAAGGGGAGCGGCAGUUACAACCUAAGAAGCCUGGAGAACAAGAAAGGGGAAAACGCAGCCGGUAAUGGAGGAGACGCACAGAAAUCAAAAGAGGUAACACCUGGAAGAGCAAGUAGAGGUAGAAAGAAAAUGGACCCGAAAGAUAAGAAAGAGAAGAGGAAGGAUAGGGUACUUUCUGGGGUUAGGCGACUGGAGGACUUCUUGGGAGAGAAGACGGGGGAUGAGGAGAAUUCUCACUGGGAAAGGCCGGAGGAUGACCCGGAUGACCCAGAGAAUCCUGAAAGUGGCCAAGAGACCCAUGACAACCAGUCAGAGGAACAGGAAAGUGAGGAAGGAGAGGAAGUUGAGGAGGGCUUGGUUGUGGACAGUGUGACAGGAGAAGAGGCAGUGACAAGUGAAGUGUCAAAUGUGGAUAAAGUGACAAGUGAGGACAAAGGGACGAGUGGAAAUGAGGGGAGGAAGGAGGAAACAGGAACAGUGGCUCUCCAGCCGACAUGGACCCUCCCGAGAACACCCGUUGGAGGAAAUGCGGGAGAGGUAAGGACAGUGCACACAACACAGAGUGAGAUUGGGACACAGGCAAUUAGCCCAACAUAA